AUGAGCGUCAAUGCUGCCCCGAUAUGGAACACGUCCUGCAUAAUGGAGGGGAGGCAGUCCUCGGCCUCCCCAGGGACCCUGAGCCCAACGCCGUCCGGCUCUGGCCUCUCUGCACAACGGGCAAGCACCCAAGUAGCGUGGAGAGCCGACUUGGCGACCAAAAUAGCUGCCCUCCGUCCCAGGCGCGGGGCCCUGGAUGGCAUGGAAACGGUGGGCGAACGGAACAGACGUCCGUUACGUCGUUUGGAGAGCUCCCCCAGGCAUAGAUCACGAAAGCCAUCAUCAGGUGUCUCAGGGCCCCGGCCGUGCCUCGCCCCGCUUCAGCCUUCAGCGCUUCACAGCCUUCGGCGAAUGGACAGGGAGCCGUACUGUGCCACAAUCGGGGAGGAGAGAGGAGAGAUCCAGAUGAGAGAGAGACAGUAUCCCAGGGUCUGCCCCGGGUGA